AUCAUAAUUCCUACUAUAUUUCGGUCUUUGAGAUAGGUAGCGGUGUUCGUGAUUURUUUGGUAAAAAGUUAAUYAAUUUAAUUUUUUUUUUUCAUUUUCAUGUUAACUUAAAUGCAAAUUGAUUAGACAAUAUUAUAAAUUGUACAUAGAAAAUUGUUCUUUGACAAGUCUAUGAUUUAGAAAUAGUUGAAUAUACUGUUUAUUAUCAAUUAACUACAUUCCUGUAGAAUAUAGUAAUGUGACAACUUUAUUUGACACUAUAUUUUAUAUUUUUGUUACAUUGAAUCUAAAUAUUUAUAAAAAUGACUUGGGGUUUUGUCACUUGUGGUCCUAAUGAGGCUUUGGUUAUAUCAGGAUUUUGUUAUGGUAAACCAAAUUUGGUACCUGGUGGAAGAGCAUUUGUUUGGCCUGUUAUACAAUAUUGUCAGAGAAUAUGUUUGAACACUAUGACAAUACAAGUUGAUAGUCCAAAAGUAUAUACUAUCCAAGGUGUGCCAUUAUCUGUUACUGGUAUAGCUCAGGUAAAAAUACAAGGGCAAAAUGAAGAAAUGCUUUUAACAGCAUGUGAGCAGUUUUUGGGGAAACCCAAAGAAGAGAUACAUGAAAUUGCAUUGCAUACUCUUGAAGGUCAUCAACGAGCAAUUAUGGGUUCUAUGACUGUAGAGAAAGCUGAAGCAGAGUUGGCUUUUGAACUUCAAKCUGCAAAAACGAAGCAACGUAUAAAAGAGGAACAAAUGCAAAUUGAUGUUGUGGAAAGAACACAACAAAUUGCUGUCCAAGAACAAGAAAUUCAAAGACGAGAACGUGAGUUAGAAGCUACUGUAAGAAGACCAGCAGAAGCUGAAAAAUUUCGGCUAGAGAAAUUGGCUCAAGCAAAUAGAACUCGAAUUAUAUUGGAAKCUGAAGCUGAAGCUGAAUCACUCAGGCUAAAAGGUGAAGCAGAAUCAUUUGCCAUCCAAGCAAAAGCCAAAGCUGAUGCAGAACAAGCGAUGAAAAAAGCAGAAGCAUGGAGAGAAUACAAAAAAGCUGCUAUUAUUAAUAUGGUUCUUGAAACAUUACCAAAGCUUGCUGCUGAAGUUGCAGCCCCUUUUGAGAAUACCAAAAAGGUUACAAUGGUGGCCAGUGGUGAUGGGGAUGUGGGGGCUGUAAGAUUAACAAAUGAAAUUAUUCAAAUUGUUAAUAAAGUACCUGAAAUGGUAACUACUUUAACUGGGGUUAAAAUAAAUGAUGUCAUGAAUAUGUAAGAAAAUGGGCUGGAAAUUCGAUCAAUUUG